AUGAGGUAGCUGUUAAAAAACCAAGAAGAAAAACCGUAUUUGCAUAAUAAAUCUGUAACCAUGUCAACAGUCAGCCAAUGAAGGUCCGUGUCGUCACACACCAGGAAGUCAUGUCCGUUGAACCUACCGGCUUCUUGAAGUUGCAUCCCGUCCUGUGGUAGCGCCUUCUGAGGGACGCACGAGAUGUUGCUGCUGGUGCUGAGCACCCUCCUCCUCCUCUUCUGCAACCUGGAUGUGUGGUACUUCCUGCGAGGGGCCCAGGUUUUUGUAGAAGCAUGGUUCCUACCCAGAAUAGAAGACAUUCUAGCUGAGCAAAGUAUCGAUGGCAUGGUCCUUCCUCAUGAUUUAGACUACCUGGGCCAUAUGAACAACUCUAGAUAUCUGAGGGAGUGUGACUUUGCUCGCUUCCACCACUACAUGAGAAAUGGGUUGUUCAUGGCCUCACGUAAACUUGGGGCCAAAAUGGUAGUAGGGGCCUCCACCAUUCGGUAUAGGCGCUCUUUGGCCUUCAGAGAGGCUUUCCAGAUUCGUACCAAAGUGCUAGGCUGGGAUGAUAAGGCCUUUUACCUAGAGCAGCGCUUCGUGUCUAAGAGAGAUGACUUUGUAUCUGCAGUCAUGCUUUGCAGGCAGAAUGUGGUGGGCAGCAGCCCAGAAAGCAUAAUGGAAUUUACCUACAAGAAGCAGAUUGAGUGUCCACAGUUUCCAGAGGAGCUCAAACACUGGAUCAGCUUCAUUUCAGCCAGCAGUCAGGCGCUGAGAGCAGAAAGCGGCUUGGAGGAUAAAAACAAGUGAAGGCACACAAGAUACUUUGGUAUCAUGAGUGGCGACGCAUAUCUCAGCAUUGCACACACUCAAACAUACCGGCACCUUUUAGAGUGUUUUAGUCAUCUUCAAAUACUCUACAUAUUCUUAUUUGGGGCCAGUCUUACACACUGUUUCUUAAUUGUUUGGUUUGUUUGAUGUGAAAAACUUUAUUUACUGCAGCUAAAUAUAAAAAAAAACUUGAAAUGAAGGAAACGUUUACUUUAAAAUAAAGUGAAUCCAAAACAAAGCUUUAUCUUUGUGACUUACCAAGUAGUUGACUGUGAGUUGGGUGAACUCAUCUGAAAACAUCACUGAAUUUCAGAUUAGCAUGUAGCGCAAACAUUAUUAUUCUACCGGCAUAAAUGCAUGUUUCAAAGCAAUCUGAAUAUUUUUCAAGCCUGUUUCUUAUAGUUUAGUAACAGCGUUAUAACUUAGAAUGAAAAACCAAAAACAUGUUUAAUGGACUAUUUGAAUCGGUAUAUUGAGCAUGUUUUGAUGAGGUUUAAAACUGUGAGCAGUAUUUUUGAAGCGGUUAUUACCUGUUAACAAUCUGAAAGGGAAUACUCUAUUUUUAAAAAUAUAGCUAAACAUUUGUCAGCACUUUAUUUUACCAGAUUGAGAAAAAAAGAGCCCUUAUAGAAAAAGAUGACCUCUUUAUUAGAGCUGCAUGUGAUUUUUAAGAGAAUGUUUUUGAUUUGCAGGUAUAAUAAUCAACAGCUAACAGGAGGUUGCUGGCAACUUUUCAAAACCUGCCACGCACAAGAGAGUAUGAGUGUUUUUAUGCUCUUAUUGAGAAAAUAAUUGAAAUGUGCAAACUUGUCAUUUAUGCAUCAGAAUUUUCUUUUUGUAACCAAAUUAACGUAUUGUCUUUAGUUAGAGAUAUUACAUUUUUUAAAUGUAUGCCUAAUCUUUUAUGUAUUUAUGCUGUCAAUGCUCUGUUAAGGAAAUCCUGGUUAAUACCUUGAAGUUUGAGGAUAUGGAUUGUAUGUUUAUUUUCCACUUACUGUUCUUUGAUUUAUGGAAAAUGAUUUGUCAGAUAUUAUUUAUUAUGUUUAAUUAUUUUAAUGCAUUUUAAAAUAAAAAUGCACUGAACCUUG